GAGCGGCGCCGGGGCUCGGGGCGGAUGCCCUGGAUUGUGGGCCGAGGGCCCGAGCCCGGACGCUCGGGGUAGGUCAAGGCGCCCGAAUUGCUGGGGCUGGCCCCAGGCUGUGCCCGAGGCAGACCUGGGCACCUUGGCUGGUCGCCGCCUGCGUUCUCCUGCCCCUCUUCGCUGCUUUCCUCUGGCCCCUUCCUUUCAGUCUCCCUCACGAUGCUCCUGCACCACGUCUCGUAACGUGUUUCUCUUUCUCAAAAUAGACAAACCAUGCAGAAUCAGUAGUGUGCUGACCCUUCUCAGACUUUCGUUGCUGUCCCCCGGCACGUAUCUGGCUGGGGGUUUCUCUGCCUAGCAGAUCAGAUCUGAGAAAGCAGGAAAAAGCCUAACAACCUUGUACAGAAAGCAAGAACAGGAGACCGACCAGUUUGACAGACCAAAUUCCUGUUGCUUAUUUUUGUUAAGAGUGUAUGUCAGCAAAAGUCGGUCAGUGAGCAGGCCAGCAACCUGCCUGGGAGGAUAUAGGUUCGUAUGGGAAUAACACUCAUUUUGGGAAUCACCACCACUUCACAUGGGACGUGGAAACAAGCAAAAGAUCAGUGUAACUCCUGUACCUCAGAUCCUUGUGCUACUGGCCACUCACCUCAAAUACUUUAAGGGUAUCUCUAGUCCAUCCAAUAGCGAACACUCUUUGGGCAUGAACCUAAAAAAGAAUAAUGUAAUAAAAUCAGCAAUACUAAUCAUAAGCACAGGAAUGCAGUAUGAAAUUAAGAAUAGUCAUUCCAAUAUGUUGGACCUUAACCAGGAAUGGGUCAGAAUCCUUUAUGGAUUAUGGAACCCCUAAAUAGCGUUGCUGUAGUUUGCAUGUGCUUCCCAUCUAAAAAUAUUGACAAGUUGUCAUUUAAGCUCUAAAAUAGGCUUAAUUAAGUAUUUUGAAAAAACAUAUUUCAAUGGAAAAUCAGGAUUCUGCUCACAACCCUGAGCCUGUGUACUUUGCAUCAUUGCUCACUCAAAUGUUAAAGUGGCCCUGUAGACACCAGAAGGCGUUAUCUUCUUAAAUUCUGCAGUACAUGGGAGAUGUGAAAUAGCUUUGCCUGAUGCUGAAACAUUCAGUGCUGGGUUAGGUUCCUAGAAGAGGGCAUACCAUAAAUGGCGUGUCACGGUGGAAAGUAUCAACAUUUUGGCAGAGAUGCCUGAAAUUAUUUAGGGAUCCAGGCAGGUGCAUAUAAGAGAAGAUCAUAGUCCUGGAGUUGUAAAAGACCUUAAAGGCAUCGAGUCCAGCCCCUUGCUCAGCACAAGAUCCACUAAAGCAUCAUUGGCAGAUGACCAGUCAGCCUCUGAAGACAUCCACUGAAGGAGUACUUGCCACUUCAUGUGGCAGCCUGUUCCCCUGGCUGACAGCUCAUACAGUCCAGAAGUUCCUCCUGACAUCCAGCCUGACCCAUUGGUUCUGGUCCUGUCCUCUGAGGCAAUAAAGAAUCACUUCACUUCUUCUGUGUGGAGUCACAACUGCUAUUGUGUCUCCCCCUCAGUUGUCUCUUCUGUAGAAGAAGAACUUUUCAACUGUUUCUUAAACAGAUUUUUUAACUGUUCCUCAUGGGCCUUGAUCUUCCGGCCAUUCACUAUCUUGGCUGCCAUUCUCCAAACUCACUCUGUAUCCUUUUUGAACUAUGGUUCCUAGAGCUGGAUCCAGGACCCCAGAUAGGGUCCGUCCAGGGCAGAGUAGAGGGGAACAGUUACUUCCCAUAAUCCGGAGUCUGCUUUAGUUUAUGCAUCCCAAGAAAGCAUCGCAUUGCUGGCUGAUAUUUAACUUGUGGUGGAUAAGGACACCCAGAUCACUUUCACAUGUCCUACUGCCAAGCCAGGUCUCCUCCAGGCCGCGUUGUUGUUAUGUAUUAGGUAUUUUCACUGCCUUGAGUUAAAUAUGAAAAAGGGGAGAUAAAAAUCUAAUAAUGAUAAUUUAAAGGUAUUGACUUGAUUCGUGCCCCAAAAGAAUAUGGGACGUAGUAUAGCUAGAAAGCACAGGCACGUGAUCAUCUUGACUGGUCCUCUUGAAUAAGCAUCAAAGCUAUCACUAUCACAGGGGGCACAUCACUAAUGGAAUGGGCAGGUGAAAUAAAGUACUUGUGGCUUUAAGUGAAUCCAAGCAUGUCCUAACUUUAUUUGCUAAGCAAUUACACAUCCACCCCUUGUGUUGGGAUGCUCCCUUUCAUAUCCUCCAUAGUUUCCUGUAGCGUAUGUUAAUUUCCUUUCUUCAUGCUAUAGCAGAGAGGAGGGGAGCGGGUGUGCGGGCGAUUGCAAGAAUUUGUUUGAAGUAGAAGCAAUCCAUGGAGCUGGCAGCACUUGGAAUCUCAGUCAUUCAUCACUCCAAUUGCCACUGCUGCAGCUUUGCUUUCAGGGCUACUUAGCAUAGCAUUGCUGAUCUUGAUGUCUUGAAUGUAGCAUCAGAAGGCUUCGGUUAGCACUCAGUCAGCCUAUGUCAUAAAGUGUUUUGCUGCAUAUGUUUACAUUUGCUAUAGAAAGGCCUGCUCUUUGUGUCAUGUAUCCUACAUGUGUUGUGUAGGAUAAGUUUCUGGUUUUGAGCUGUCAGUAUUGGUUUCAUUUUUAAUGGAUGACAAGUUUAUUCUCGUGUUUGGCACUAGAGGCCUGACAUGUGUGUAUGUAUCUGUGUGUGUGUGUGUGUGUGUGUGUGUGUAUAUAUAUAUAUAUGUAUGUGUGUGUGUAUUGUGUGUAUAUAUUUUAGAAAUGGUUGAAUCAAUGAAGAAAGUGGCUGGAAUGGAUGUGGAGCUGACAGUCGAGGAAAGAAACUUGCUGUCUGUUGCAUAUAAAAAUGUGAUUGGUGCCAGAAGAGCCUCCUGGAGAAUAAUCAGUAGCAUCGAGCAGAAGGAAGAGAACAAAGGUGGGGAAGACAAAUUGAAGAUGAUCCGGGAGUAUCGGCAAAUGGUUGAGACUGAAUUGAAACUAAUCUGUUGUGAUAUUCUGGAUGUACUGGACAAACACCUCAUUCCAGCUGCCAACACUGGUGAAUCGAAGGUUUUCUAUUAUAAAAUGAAAGGGGACUACCACAGGUAUCUUGCUGAGUUCGCCACAGGAAAUGACCGAAAGGAAGCUGCCGAGAACAGCUUGGUGGCUUAUAAAGCUGCUAGUGAUAUUGCAAUGACAGAACUUCCUCCAACACAUCCCAUCCGCUUAGGACUUGCCCUCAACUUCUCUGUUUUCUACUAUGAAAUUCUUAAUUCUCCUGACCGUGCCUGCAGGUUGGCAAAAGCCGCUUUUGAUGACGCAAUUGCAGAACUGGAUACGCUGAGCGAAGAAAGUUAUAAGGAUUCUACACUUAUCAUGCAGUUGUUACGUGAUAAUCUGACACUAUGGACUUCAGACAUGCAGGGUGAUGAUUCUUAAAAGGAACUCCACCUGUUCAUUUUCUAAUACUCUACUUUGUGAAGAACAGAGUAAAGAAGCGCUGCAGGAUGUGGAAGACGAGACCCAGUGAGACAUCAAGGCCAAUAAAAGCCCCGUCUUUGUCCCCCUUCUACCCCACCCCUUCCCCAAAUCCCCUCAGUCUCCCUGGGAGCCAUCUUACCUGACGUUGUGAUGGGCCCCAGAAUUUAGGUUCCUACCCUGUUGGUUUUUUUUUUUUUUUUUUUUUUUUUUUUUUUUUUUUUU